CCCUGGCCUGCCGAGCUCGCAGGCGUCCGCCGGCCGGGCAGGCCCGGUGGCGCCGAGCUCCGGGGCCGCGACGGCAGGUGAGAGCCUGGGGCCUGAAAGGGCGGGCGGAAGGCGGCCUCUGGGUCCGGCCCGGCUCCGCGCUCGCCGACUCGGGCGGCCGGGCCCGGCGGAGGACUGCUGCCGCGCGAACGUGAGGCCUGGUGCGGCCGCGGAGCCUGGGAGGGGCGCGAGGGCCCCCUUCCGCGACCCCGGGACCGCCCGGGCGGGUCGCCGGCCUGCCGGCUUCGGGGCGGCAGCGCGAGCCCAGCGGCAGCGCUCUCCUCCUUCCCUCCAUCCCCUGUUCGCGCCCGAGCUCUGCUCGAGCUCAAUCUGACAACUUCCGGACUUCCAGGUAGGAAGGAGCUCCGGGUCAGCACUGCCAACUGCCCUAACACGGAACCUUUGGCCAGUGUGGAAAAAGCAGCCAGCCUGGGGUUCCCUCCCUUGCCUUGUGGUGCAUCUGCUGAAACUCUUCCGGCCCCUCAAGCAGAAAUGGUGUGGGAUCUGGGCCAGACCCCUCUUGCAGUGACUCAAAGCCGCCCACCCUACUGGAAGGACAGGGUGGAUGACCCUUAGCCUCCUCUCCCUUCUGAACUGGCUCACGCCACCGCGGUGGCUUCAGUCCUGGGUGCCUUCAUCUUUUCCCUGUGACUCUCCUCCACUUUGCUUGUCAUAUUCCCUCUGGUUUUCCUGCCUCCCUCUUCAACGGUGGGACACAAGGCUGGACCAAGGCCUCCACGCCUGAGGCACCUCGCCUAUGAGAAACACUCAUAGUCCCACUGGGAGUUCCAGGCUCUGGUAGGGCGCAUGUGGGCAUGGGGAGGAGCCCCUGGACUCCAAGCAGAGCCUCUCAGAUGUAACACAGCGGCUCUAGGAGCUCAAAUUCUGGGACUGCCAGAGGAGUGGGAGCUCUGAAGGAGAAGAAGCCCUCCCGCAGACAUCGGAUCCUAUCUGACCCCCUCCUGCUGCCCCUUCCAGCAACUUCCCUGGGGAGAUGGGACCUGCUCCACCCCAGAACCCUCAUCUCCCCACUGUCAGCAGGAAGAGCUCUGCCAUCAAGGAAGGCAGCACAGGGCUGGGCCGUGCCUAUGGACCCUUCUCAGGACAACCCAAUGGUACCAGCAGGGCUGCUCUCCUAAGCCGCAGAGAGCCUGGGCUCACCAUCCUUCAGGAGGAGCCAUGGUGUUUAGGAGGGGCAGGGGCAGCUCCCAGCAGUGGCCUGGCCCAGGAGGGGGCAGUGGCUGCACAGGCUGCCUAGGUAUGCUCAAGGCUGCCCUGCUGCUUGUCAGCCUACCGUGGGGGGCCUGGGGAACAGCCAUUGCCGGUGCCAACCUCAGCACGGCUCUGGGCCAUACUGUGCCACUGACAGGGGGCCGCUACUUGAGCAUUGGGGAUGGCUCUGUGAUGGAGUUUGAGUUCCCAGAGGAGAGUGAGGGCAUCAUUGUGAUCUCGAGCCAGUACCCAGGCCAGGGCAACAGGACAGGGCCUGGCCCCACGCUGAGAGUCACUUCCCUGGACACAGAGGUGCUGACCAUCAAGAAUGUGAGUGCCAUAACCUGGGGCGGUGGGGGCGGCUUUGUGGUGAGCAUCCACUCAGGCCUGCCCGGGCUAGCCCCACUCCACAUCCAGCUUGUGGAUCCCCACAAGGCCCCACCCAUGCUGAUCGAGGAGCGGAGAGAUUUCUGCAUCAAGGUCUCACCUGCCGAAGACUCCCCCACCACCCUCGGCGCCGACCUGAUCCACUUCUCAGAGAACCCAAUACUUUAUUUGCUCCUGCCUCUUAUCUUUGUCAACAAGUGUUCGUUCGGGUGCAAAGUGGAGCUCAAGGUUCUGAAGGGACUCCUGCAGAGCCCCCAGCCCAUGCUGCUGGGCCUCCUGGGCCAGUUUCUGGUCAUGCCCUUCUUUGCUUUCCUGAUGGCCAAGGUCUUCAUGCUGCCUAAGGCCCUGGCUCUGGGCCUCAUCAUCACCUGCUCGUCGCCUGGCGGCGGGGGGAGCUACCUCUUCAGCCUCCUCCUUGGAGGGGACGUCACUCUGGCCAUCUCCAUGACUUUCAUCUCAACGGUGGCUGCCACUGGUUUCCUGCCACUGUCCUCAGCCGUCUACAGCCGCCUGCUCAGCAUCCACGAAACACUCCAUGUGCCCAUCUCCAAGAUCCUGGGGACCCUGCUGUUCAUUGCCAUCCCCAUAGCAGCAGGCGUAGUGAUCAAGUCCAAGCUCCCCAAGUUCUCCCAACUGCUGCUCCAGGUUAUCAAGCCCUUCAGCUUUGUGCUGCUCCUGGGUGGCCUCUUCCUGGCCUACCGCAUGGGGGUCUUCAUCCUGGCGGGCGUCAGGUUGCCCAUCGUGCUGGUGGGCCUCACAGUGCCCCUGGUUGGCCUCCUGGUGGGCUACUGUCUGGCCACAUGCCUGAAGCUGCCGGUGGCCCAGCGGCGGACGGUCAGCAUUGAGGUAGGAGUGCAGAACAGCCUGCUGGCCUUGGCCAUGCUGCAGCUGUCCCUCCGCCGCCUUCAAGCCAACUAUGCCUCCCAGGCCCCCUUCAUCGUGGCACUGAGCGGCACCUCGGAGAUGCUGGCCUUAGUCAUUGGCCACUUCAUCUAUAGCAGCCUGUGCCCAGUUCCCUGAGGCCCCUGGGUCAAGCUUUCGCCGCCCCUAGCCCCCACCCUCCACCCACUGUCCCCACAGUUCUUGUGUACCAAAGGCCUUUAGUUCUCAUGCACUAUGCACUCACAAAAAUCCAGGCUGAUGUUUUUUACUGGUUUUUUAUUCUCCAGCUUUCAGUGCCAAAGAGGCUAUGCUGACUUAGGUAGGUAGGCACUGCCCAGAAAAUAUAUUUCAAUAAAAGAGAGAAGCAAGCUUG